AUUUAUCUUGAAAAAACAAAACCUAUUUUUUACUAUUGAAUAAAUUGAUAAUCAAAUAUAUUUUAGCGUGCAAUGAUAUUCUUUAAGUUAAUUUUACCAUCUUGACUAAAAAUAAAAGAGUAUAAUGACAAUAAAAACUAAUCCAUUUACAACCAGACUUAAUUAUACAUAUCGGAUAACACUACAUGUUUAUAUUUAACUUGAAAUUAUUUUCUACAUUCAUUUGGUUAUUUAUUAUCUUUAAAGUUACAUUUGCAUGUCAACUACUAAAAAAAUGAAAACAAUACUGUGUAACACUGACUCACAAUCUGUAAAGUCAUUUUUUUGAGAGUAAAUAUAUAAACAAGAAGAAACAAACUUAUUUUGUAUAACUUUUUCCAUUAUGUUAUCUUAUGCAACACAGAAAAACAGACGUUUGGUUAUUUGACAAAAAAUGAGCUUUAAACAUAUCUAUACAUCACAUAAGAUUUCCACCCUUAAAGGGAUAGUUCACCCCAAAAAAACUAAUUCUAUGUCAUCAUUUACUCACCCUCUUGUCAUUUCAAACCUGUAUGACUUUCUUCGGCAGAACACAAAAGAUAUUUUGAAGAAUGUUUGUCAGCCAAACAACGGCGGUAUCCAUUCACUUGCACUGGUUUUGUGUCCAUACAAUAGAAGUGAAUGGGGAUCAAUGUUGUUUUGUUACUAACAAUCUUCAAAAUAUCAUCUUUUGCAUUCUGCGGAAGAAAUAAAGUCAUAUAGGUUUGAAAUGAUUAGAGAGUGAGUAAAUUAUGACUGAAUUUUCAUUUUUUGCUGAACUAUCCCUUAAAUGUGCUUUCUGUUUUUAAAAGCAGCCAUCACUUAUAGAAUUAAAGUGAGUGUGUUUGGUUUGUUGCAGUGUGUAAUACCUUACAACCUAACCUCAAACCACAAAAUCGCUAUGGUAACAGCAGAUUCGGACAGUGUCCAGUACAACCCACGUACCCUUUGUGCUCUGAUGAUGAGACGGAGGACAAAUGUCCAUCCGGUUGUCAACUGGAGGGUCUCAUAGAUGCAACAGAUGAAAACAUUCAUAAACGCCUAAGAAAAAUCUGUGAAAGGAUUCAACAAACUGAAGAUAUCAGUUCAUCUCUAAUGCAAGAAAGUGUCCGGUUCUAUGGGUCACAAAGAGAAGCUGUCAUCCAAACCUACAUGCAAGAGCUCAGAUAUGCUGAGUUUGCUCAAGGACUUCACAGAAAUCUAACAUUUCUUCACAAGAGAUCUGCAGAGCUUGCAAAAGAAUUACAGAAGCACCAUCACUUGCUCUCACGUCAGAUAAUAGAAAUGCAUCGACUUGAGGUGGACAUUGACAUCAAAAUCCGUGCGUGCAAAGGAUCAUGCAAGCAAACCUUUGACCACACGGUCGAUAAGGAAGGCUUCGAAGGGAUGGAGAGCAAAAUGGCAGAAUUCAGCAUUACCUCAAAGAGACAAAAAUCCUUCAUUGAAUUUAGACUGAAGUCUGUCGAUCAGCCCAGUGUGUCUCACACUUACAGAAAAAUCCCCGUAGGUACUGAACUCCUUACAAUGUUUGAAGACAUUGUGCAGCACCAGGUGGUUUUGGAGGAAAUUCUAUAUGAUGUUUAAUCAUUUUAUGUCUAUCAGUACUUUAACAGGCCUGGUUUGAGGAUAAUAUAUUGGCAAAAAUGACAAAAUAUUGUACCUCAUUUACGUUUUUUUUAUGUUUGAUAUGUUUCAGAUGUGUAAUUUAAUUUGUGUCAACAUCAUGUCUACAGUUUAUUUAUUAUUUUGGAUCUCAGGUAUUACAGGUAAAACUGACAAACAAUGUAAAUUAAAUACUUCCAAAAAAUAUAUAAAACUGUGUCACAUUAACUUUGUUUAAGAAUUUUGGGAUUCAAAUGAUGACAGAUUCAUAUUGUGCAACUCUACAAAUGUAGAGGGAUAGUUCAAGUAAAGAUUAAAAGUGGUUUUGUGUCCAUACAGUUACAGUCAAUGAAGUUCAAUGUUGUUUGUUUCUAUCUCAUGCAGGUUUUUAAUGAGAUGAGCGUGAGUAAACUAUGUAAGAAUUGUCA